CUCGAGGCCUCUGCUCUGUCCAGGAGGCGCUUUCACGGUGCAAAAGGGAUGGUUCCUGUGCUCCUGACAGCCAGGCCUGCAAGGAAGGCGACUACUUUAGUGAUGAGAGCUCAUGCUGAUUGGUCAAAGAAUCAGAAUGGCUAGUCUGCACGUGAAGACUUAGGUCCAUAUGGAAUCAGUGACAUUCAACGAUGUGGCUAUGGAAUUCACUCCGGAGGAGUGGCUACAUUUGAACCCAUCUCAGAAAAAGUUGUACAGGGAUGUGAUGUUGGAGAACUAUAGGAACUUGGUCUCUUUGGGAUUUGCAGUUUCCAAACCAGAUGUGAUCUACCAGUUGGAAAGAAAGGAAGCAUUUUGGAUGCCAGAGACGGAUAUCCCAAGAAGAAGCUGUCCAGAAAGCAAAGAAUUUACUGGAGAAAAACCUUAUGAAUUUAAUGAAUGUGGUAAAGCUUUCAGACUGGGCACACAACUUACUCAGCAUCAGAGAAUUUAUACUGGAGCAAUUGCUUAUAAAUGUAAGGAAUGUGGAAAGGGCUUCCAUUACAUUUCACAGUUUAUUGAACAUCAAAGAACUCAUACUGGAGAAAAACCUCAUGAAUGUAGUGAAUGUGGAAAGGCCUUCAGACAAAGGAUACAGCUUACUCAUCACCACAGAAUUCAUACUGGAGAGAAGCCUUAUAAAUGUGAUGAAUGCGGAAAGGCCUUUCGAGUGAAGAAACAAUUUGUUCAACAUAGGAGAAUACAUACUGGAGAGAAGCCUUAUGAAUGUAAUCAUUGUGGGGAGGCAUUCAGACUGUGGGAACUGCUUACUCAGCAUUUGAAAGUGCAUAAUGGAGAAAAACCAUUUGUAUGUAAUGAAUGUGGGAAAGGUUUCUUUUGGAAUUCAGAUUUCAUACAACAUCAGAGGAUUCAUACUGGAGAGAAACCUUAUGAAUGUAACAAAUGUGGGAAGGCCUUCAGACUGAAGACACAGCUUACUCAGCAUCAGAGAAUUCAUACUGGAGAGAAGCCUUAUAAAUGUGAUGAAUGUGGGAAGGCCUUCAGAGUAGGGGCACAAUUUAUUCAACAUCAGAGACUACAUACUGGAGAGAAGCCUUAUGAAUGUAAUGAAUGUGAGAAGACUUUCAGACUGAGAGAACAACUUAUUCUACAUAAGAAAAUUCAUCCUGGAGAAAAACCAUUUGAAGGUGGGGCAGGAGUUCAUGACAGGACCUGCUUUGGUGAAAAGUGGAAGUUCAGGGAGUGCAGUGGGGGGAGGCGCAGCCUACUUUGUUUCUGUUCAGAGAGCAAAGGCUGCAUUGAGUGGUGA